UGUGAUAUAGGUAGUUGUGGCAUUUUGUCGUUGAGUGUGAGAGUUUCUGAAUUUAUCGGUAUUUAGAACAAAGUAACCCACUUCUUGAUCGUCUGCCAUAUACUUUAUAUACAGUAAAUGUUUUCAUAUCUAUUUUUGUAUCAAUAAUGACAGUUCCAUAGUGGAUCAGAUAUUAACCCACCCUGUGAGCAAUACUAUUGUGAAUUGCUAUUGUUUAUUCUGGUACUUUAUUCAAUGUUUUAGAGGAGAAAGUAACACAGUUAUGUCUUACAGCUCUGGUCCUCUUCACAUUCCCUUCGGAGCUCCUCUCCAAACAAUCUGUCGAGACUUUUUUUUUUUUUAGCUUUGAUGCUUUUUAACAGUGUGAAACAGAAGCACAGCCUUUACAGCACAACAGUGAAACACACCGAGUGAAAGACGGCACGGCACACUUGUGUACGUGCAAAGAGGCAUCAAAUCGUUUGAAUCCAAAAGUCCAAAUCCACUCUUGCAAUAUUUGUUUUGUUAUCAGCCUGGAUCAUUUGAUUUGACUUCAGUCAAUUAAUUCUUAUGCGUCGCUGUUUAACAGCCUGCAGGAAGUGUUGAAUCAACAGAAGGUGUGCAGGAAUGCAACAGAUCUUCCACGCCGUCAGUGGGUGUGUGAUAGUCAAGACUGUAUUAGUUGCCUUUUGUGCAUCCUGAAUUAACGAACAUUGGUGCCAAAAAGGUUAUUCAACAACCCUUUGCAGAAAUAAAUUAAGUUAGAAAGAAUUAGCAGCUGAAAAACUCUCACUUUCCCUAUGUGUGCCACACAACCUAUUGUUGGUGUGAUUAAAGUGCCACUUAUUUUCAAGACCUCUUGCUACCAACCUGUGGAAGUAAAAAUAGGUUAUGAAGUUAUGCUAUUUAUUCAGUAAUUUUUAAAUGCCAACGUUAAGUUUAUAGUAAGACGGGUUAUUUAUCACAACUAGGUCAGCUGUGUUUAAAAUUCAGGCGAUUAUGGCCUUCAGUUGCUUCUGUGCAAACCAACACAAAGACCUGAGUAGAACUUCCAGCUCUUUGUUCUGCUGAUCUUUCACAAGAUGUGUACCACGAAUAAGGUUUUUUAAAUAGUACAUUUAUGCUUUGCAGUAUUGUUUCUUUUGUAUUGAUUUUUUUUGAAAAAUGCUGUUUUUUUAAUGCUGGUUUCAAUUGGUGAUGUUAUUUAUUUUUUCCUAUUUAUUAGGAAACUACCUAUGCCACCGCCGGCAUUGGUGCCUUACUGUUUUUCACUCGGCAACCUUGUGUGACAGUGUCUUAAUGUACUUGUACUUGUACUUUUCUUCUGUACUUCAGGCUGGGUUUGAUUUGUAAAAUAUCUUACAAGUUGAUUUAUGAUAGAGAGAAUUUAUAUGUGAUAUUAUUGUUUAAAGAAAACUAAAAAAAACACACUUCUGUGGGAGCAAUUUGUUGUCCAUCUCAUCUCACCUCACCCAUUCACCCUAAAGCAACUACACUCAUGUUCAUAUGAGCAAACUUCUACUUUGUACUCUUUAGUUUUCUUUUCAUACCGUGAGGUUGAGCAGCUCAGCCCUAAAAGUUAUUUUGACAAAACGUCCCCAUCACCACUAAACAACCAACAGGUGGAGCAAGUAUUGCAUUUUGCUGCUUAUUUGGCAAUGUUUUGCAAAUUUGACCUUCACUAAUUUUAUACAAACUUUGAAUUCUCUCUUGUCUGAAAGCAGAUUGCCUUCAGCUCUUGUGGGAAGAUGUUGACUUGUACGGUGGCGUCUUUUUUUUUAACCUAAUGGUAGAAGUGGCUGGUGAAAUCUAAAAACAAUAUUCAAGGAAAAACUAAUUUUUUUAAAAGAAAAUGGUUUUGGAAAAUUGUGUGAUACCAAAGAAAUGAUGACAAUGGUAGUAUACAAAAAUAUGUUUGUUAUCUGGUGGAUAUUCAUUAUAGCCAUUACACCUUCUUUAUUUGAGUACAAAUUAGAUCAUGUUGUUUGUUUUCUUAAAAAGAAUAAAUCAAAAUCAAAAGGCGUGACAAUGGGGAACACUUGGGAGCAGUGUUUCCUCUCAGCUGAUCAUUUUGUGAGCUACAUUUGAUCACACAGACAGGCCAUAGGUUUUUGUUCCACUCUGCAGAGACUCUGCUGUGAUGUAGGUCUGAGUGAAUUGACGCCCCUGCUUUGUGUCAUCCUGCCACAAACCUUAAUCUUUCAGUGGUAGUUGUAGCUAUAAAGCAAAGGUAAAAAGAGAGAGAAAAAGAGCAAGAUCAGAGAUACUGUUUUUACAAUUAACUGUGUUCUCCAGCACAUUCCACAGCUGAACACAGAACAAAGGGCCCAGGGGGAGAAAUGCUGGAAAAUAAGAUUCAGUGGCUGCAGCUGAAUCAAAGGGGAAAUGCAUGACAGAUGAGAGGGGCUCGCUCCCUCCCCUCUUUUUGUCGGUCACAUCCCUGCAGAGCAGAUCUCCAACACACAACCCAUCUAUAAAAAAAAGUGUUAGAUUGCCUUCAAGUCCUCACGGAAUUAUGACUAUUACGGAUUCCGUUCACACGCUUAAACAAAUUGGUAUUAAUGUGACAUCCAGGAGAUGUAAGGACAUUUCCACAAAGGUAUAUGUGCCAGUAUGUGCUGAAACAUGGCGAUGUUGAUGGCUGAGUAGUAUUAAUUGGACCUACAAACGUACCGGAAAAUAAUGAACUAAUAAUAAUAAUAAUGGAAAGACCUAUUCCAAAAUUAGAGUUGAAAUGCAGCCGAUCGGGAAAACAACCUGCGACAAUUUCCGAAUGGAGUUGCAAUGAGUAGUCACCGACUAUUCAGUUCAAACUUGAGGGCCAAGAAGGAAGAGCGGGAAAUUCCGAGCCGUACCUGAACCCUCCAGCAGUAGUUGGCUGGAAGGGAUGAAGCUGCGUCGCUGGUGUUCUUUUCUCCGCGACAUAUUCAUGUGAGCUGUCGACCGAGCCGUAACGACGUGAGCCACGCGGAGCAUUCUGCAUGGGAAACCACCCUGAACGGACUACAGCAGCACCGAAACAACACGAGCCCAGCUUCUUUAUCCCCGUAAAGCAAGAGAAAAACAUCAGCUGUCCACGUUCGCUGGUGAAGAAAGCGCGUGGGAGGGGGAUGCUUCGCGCGGGCAUAGUGAGAGAAACGCGCGCGCUUAAUGAUAAGUAUUUACACAACUAGCUAAUGAACCAGUAAUUACAUAAGUGGUAGUUAAAAACAGUCGGCGUGGUUCGCGUGUGUGCUAGUUGGCUAGGACAUGGUAGUAUUUAUUCACUAGGACUUUGUUUCGUUUUUCAUCAACGCGCUUUUGGAUUUCUGUCGUUAUCACAAAGCAAGUGUGGAGCCGAGGACGAGGUCCGAACAAUUCAAGACAGACCUGAAUCAGAGAGAGAGAUGACCCUAGUGUUGUCCAUGAAUCCUUUCCUGGACCCAGAGGGAGACCCUCUGCAGCGCCAGCCUAUAUGGGAGUCGGAGCGCUGCACUAAGACCUGCCUGUCCAACGCUGCGCCACCAUGCAGCUCUGUAGAGCAACUCUCACAAGAAACCCCCUGCAAGCGAGUUCCCGACCAUGUUUCAGUAUCGAGGAUCGCAUACUUCAAGAGGAAGUUCGUUGAUGAUGACGAUGAGCCUCGAUUCAGCUUCAGGACGUACUGCCAAACUGUUGCCCCGGUGUUGGAGGAGCGUGCCCACGUGCUGCGCCUCUCCCUGGAGAAGAUGCGCUUCAUCGACGACCCCGAGGCCUUCCUACGGCGCUCCGUCCUCGUCAACAACCUCCUUCGGCGCCUGCGCGCUGAGAUUAUCCUCCAGAGCACGGACUGGUGCUUCCCACCCAACCCGGCCUUCACCACGGGCCCCUGCGUCCCGGCGCCCGGUGCUAACCCUGCCAGCCAGGCGCUCCACGGAGGAGUACCCACCCGGAUCUGCUUAUCGCCCCAAGCCGGGCCGCCCUUCCGUAAGCGCUUCCGAAUGGUCCGCGGAGGACAGGGGGAUCUACGACCCGACUGUGCCCAGACAUGCUGCUGCAUCUACGCGGCGGCGGCCGCUGCAGGACACUACCUCCACCUCCCGUUCUCCAUGUAUGACGCAGCGCUCUCAAACUGCCCGUCCACACCACAUUCUUCCUCUUUUUUUCAACUAGCUAGCCAUAGUAAGUUAGGGCUGACAGUGGCCAUAGAAGAGCAUGACGAUGAGGAUGAAGAUGUUGAGGAGGAGGAGGACGAGGACGAGGAGGAGGAAAAUGAAGAGGAAGAUGAGAGGGAAGAGGAGGAGGAGGAGGAGGAGGAGGAAGAAGAGGAUGAUAGAAGAGAAGCUGGGCCUUCCCUUGAUGUUGUUAAGGACAAGUCGAGCCAGAAAAGUAGGACUAGGAGCUUGCUGGGUCACACACACACAAGGACAGAGGAGGACAACCCCGUGACAGACAGGGUAGGAGAGGAGGAGGAGGAGGAGGGAGAACAGGAGGAGGAAGAGGAGGAAGAUGGGCAGGAUGUGAGACCUGGUCAGUUGGACUCUGAUGCCAUGCAAAGGGAGCUCCACAAGGUGAGCUUCUGGCACCGCAGGGCUCACAGACAAUGAUUGUCUUUACAUUUUACAUCUGUUAGAAUGAAAAUGUAACGAUGACGACAACUGUCAUCAGUUGAAGAAUAUUUCUCCUCAUAGCAGAUGGAGGUGUGAGCUACCUACGCUAUAGUAAUGCCAAGUCAGCUUUAUUUGAAACUACAUUCAACUCUAUUGCUAAUGUUCUAGUCGAAUCAUUUCUUUUUAAAAAAAUACACAGACGGUUCUUGGCCACUGUUGGCCAUUGGAACAUUUUCUUAAACAAUUAUGUCGGCUAAUGUCACAUCUGGUGGGAUCAUAAAUCCCAAAAGUGAGGUGAAGGGUCUCCAAGACCGUUUUCAAGCCCCACAGCACAAAUGUAAAAGGUCUCCAGUGGGGCUUCGUAUUGGUGCACCGGUCUUGUUUCAGGACCCUAAACAAGCCGAUGAAAUGAAGGGUUGUGUGUGUGCUUCUGUGCGUGUGUGUGUGUGUGUGCACCUGUGUUUGCAAGAUAUGAUGUAGCAUUUUUUUAAAAACUUGAUUUUAAGCGAUUCUUUUUAUGUUCCUGUUGAUUUUGGACGCUGUCUCAGGCAAUGGCGAGCUGACUUGUGCUGCAGUGGCGGCACCACGAGUAUUUUAAGAGACAACAAUCGUAAACAUCGAACAAAUACGAAAUCACAAGUUCAAGUGCCUUAGUGUUUUUAUGGAUACAUGUAAACUGUGUGUUAAUGUAAUUGUUCUUGUUACUACGUAUCUUGCAUUCCGAGUGACUGCGUUUGACUCAAACGGGACACGGGCAUGUAGUUAAAUGCAGGGACUCUUUCAAAGGACGAUGAAAGUUCAAAGCAAAUUAAAUUCCCACACCCAAAACGUGUUUGUUUUACUUCAAAAUGCAUGUUUUCUAGCACUACCGGUCUUGACAGUGCACACACUUAAAGCCAACUUUCAAAGCCAGUUGCUGAAGCCUUAAAAAGGCGAACAGCGCUCAAACCCUCCUUAACAUUCGUUACUUUCAGUCAGAGAAGGCUCGCUGUGGUUUGGUUGGUCUGUCCGCUGAUGAGGUUUAAGUCUGUCUGAAGCGUGUUCCUUUUCUACUCGACUGAAAGAAACCAAUCGAGGACAGAUGCAAUACAGAGCCAGUAGUCGACAGAUACGAGCCUUUCUGUCAUGUCGGCAUGAUCAGUGGUUUCUUGUUUGUUGGUAUGUCUCCUUUUUUGGCACCUCUGAAGAUUAAGGGUCCUCACGCUGAUGAUAAAACCCAAACCAAAGUUGUUUCAAAAUGUAAAGAUUACAUCAGUGGGUGUUUUGUUCAUUGUGUGACGUACCUUAAACCUGAGGUGCUAGCAUCGGAUGGUCUCAGUUGGUUCAGGAGGUGGAAUUAUUCCUGCCUUGGCACUUGUCCUACAUUUUCUGUCCGGAUGUAUAAAAUAACAGCUGUGCGUCCCUUAAGACUGUUUUAACAACAGUGACACAUCUACAACCAGACAAGUCGAGUACCAGCCUAUUUCAUUUCAAGACCUAAAUGAUAAAAACCCAGUGACUAUCGGUGGUAUUUUUUUUUUAAGAUUAAAAAAACUGACAAAGCAGUAUUUGUUGAACAUGUAACUGCAAUGUCUGUUAUUAAAAACAAAAAAACAAAAGAGCAAGUCUGCUCCGAUUAAUUCUGUGUGAUGUUCUGUGAAAAGUGUAAAGAUCAGUAAAAGAAAUGUUGAAAAAAAGAAAAAUCUCGCAUUCCUCCUUUUAUUCCCUCGCAUUGCAGCAGUUCACAGUAGGACGAUGUGUGUGUGUGUGUGUGUGAGAGAGUGAGUGAGUGAGAGAGUGUGAGAGAGAGUUCCUGCUCACUGCCUCGCAUCCCAUCUGUCUGAUGUUCAGUGGAGUGCAGUACCACAGCUUAUUGCACUCGCCCAAAUGUCUCUCAGGUGUCACCGUGCCGCUCUAUUGUUGUUAAUCUCUUUGACAUUACGCUCGGAGCAGUCACCUCCACACUGCUCCCUGCACUCCCCGUCGUAUCUAUUGUACCCGCAAUACUCACUUGUUUGAGCAUGAAACACACCAACACACACUUCUACAGCCGAGAGAUAAACCAGGGACAAUUUACCAAAAAAGUAAUGCACUUCCUCACUCACGAUUUCUUGUUAUUAUGACUGCAAUAGACCCUAUAUGUUGGCGUAAUGCUGAGUGUGCAUACACAGUACUGCCGUCCACUGGUAUUACUGGGCUUUAAGUGACUUUGAUCCAGUAAUGGUGUUCACCAUGUGCACCCUAGUUACCGGGUUAUUUCUAAUGCUGUGCAGGUUUUGUAUGACAUUGCUUGGAAGCAGCUAAGCCAUUGGUGUGAAUACUGUAGUGUGUGUGUGUGUGUGUGUGUGUGUGUGUGUGUGU